AUGGCUUUUCUGUGGCUGCUGAGCUGCCUGGCGCUGGCGGGCUUUGCCCGUGCCAGCCUCUCCGAGAGCUGCGGCGUGCCCGCCAUCGCGCCCGUCAUCCGUGGCUACACCCGCAUCGUCAACGGAGAGCCGGCCGUGCCAGGCUCCUGGCCCUGGCAGGUGUCCCUCCAGCGCUACGACGGCUUCCACUUCUGCGGCGGGUCGCUGAUCAGCGAGAACUGGGUGGUCACCGCCGCCCACUGCGGCGUCAGGAAAACCGACACGGUGGUGGUGGGCGCCUACGACCAGGACUCCCCCACUGAUGCCCAGCAGAAGCUGACCAUCGAGAAGGUCUUCAAGAACCCCAAGUUCAACAUGCUGACCAUCCGUGACGACAUCACCCUGAUCAAACUGGCCACCCCUGCACGCCUGUCCAACCGUGUGUCCCCUGUCUGCCUGCCCACGGCCACCGAGGACUUCCCUGGGGGCACCACCUGUGUCACCACCGGCUGGGGCCUCACUGACCCCAACGCCUCCAAGAGUCCCGCGGUGCUGCAGCAGGCAGCCCUGCCCCUGCUCACCAACGAGCAGUGCAAGGAGUUCUGGGGGUUCCGCAUCCGCAGCUCCAUGAUCUGCGCCGGCGCUGACGGUGCCUCCUCCUGCAUGGGCGACUCCGGGGGCCCGCUGGUGUGCCAGAAGGACGGCGCUUGGACCCUGGUGGGCAUCGUCUCCUGGGGCAGCAGCACCUGCGACCCCCAGGUGCCUGGCGUCUACACCCGUGUCACCGAGCUGCGCGGCUGGAUCGAUUCCAUCCUGGAGGCCAACUGA